CUAUUUUAUCCACUUGAAAUGACAAAGUCGCGCGCCAUUUGUUUGUGUUUUGUGUUGUGGAUAUACUCUGCCAUUUGGGCGUUCUUGCCCUUGUUUGGGGUGAGCUCGUACGAGUGCUUUAUUACCUACAUUGGCACUUGUAAGGCGGAGGAUUGGUCGAAGUAUGGGUUAAACUUUGCUUUUGCAAUUUCCGUUGUUUCAGGAACCUACGGUUUAGCUUUGUUGACGAUGGUAUUUGUAUACUGGAAGAUUGCGCGGGUAAUCCGAAGUCAACUUCAGCGCAUUGAAGAUGUUACAAGUAACAAAAAAAAGCAGCAAGUUUAUAAUAAAGAGGAUAUAACGGCUGGGAAAUUAAAAAGAAGUAAAGGAGUGGUCACAUUAAUGAUAGUAACUUUAGUCUACCUCAUAUGCUGGUCUCCAUUUUGUAUCUUGCUCUUUGUUGAGAUUGGAAAAGGGCGAAAGGUCGAAGGUCCGUAUGGCGCCUUAGCCAUGCUUGUAGGGUUUACGAACAGUUGCUGUAACCCCAUCAUAUACUCCAUAAAAUACCGGAGAUUUAGAAAAGCUGUGUUCAGCAUGAUUGGCAAGACAGACUUUGUAAUGAGAUUUUCAGUUACUAAUAACGCUGGAAUGUCUUCUAUGGUUCAGGAGUACACAGUGAAGAGAGUCCAAAUUCUACGAAGAAGAGAAUCAAGCCCGUAAAAAAAGCGAAUUGCCGAAUGAAAAAUAAAAGAACAUGUUGAAGAGCAUUUUUCAACAGCUCGACGAUCGAUCUCGAUAAAUCUUCUAAGAUUUUUUCUCUGAAUGAAUAGAAAAAUACAACAAUAGGGGGGCUGUCUAACAAACUUGACGUUGUUUUCAUGCUAUAUAAUGCCCAAAUAAUCAUUCAAGUAAAUCAGAGAACGAAAUUUCAAUGGAAGCCAUGAUUUUCAUGACUGACGCUAUCCGAAACUAUAUUUUCUUAUCAUUUAAUAGAAGGAUAAAGGAGCACACGGAAA